AUGUGGGUGGUCGGUAUUGCGGACCGGGUAAGUCCCGAGGAGUACGUGAUCGAAUAUGACGCCAUGUUAGCCGAUAUGUUUCGCAAAUGUAAUAGCAUGCCAGGUGCAGAACGCCUUGUGCGACAUCUAGCCAGUAAAGGUGUUCCUAUGGCCAUUUGUACGGGAUCUUGCAGUCGCACGUUUGCCCAGAAGGCACAAAGACAUAGAGAUUGGAUUGACAUCAUACCCAUUCAUGUGCUCAGCGGAGACGACGAAAAUAUCAAAAGGGGCAAACCUUUUCCGGAUCCAUUUCUCGAAACAAUGAGAAGGUUCCCGCAUAUACCCACCGAUCCAUCUCAUGUGCUUGUAUUUGAAGAUGCUCCAAACGGUGUGAAAGCUGCCUAUGCCGCCGGAAUGCAGUGCGUCAUGGUACCAGAUCAGGCGUUCCUCGAGGACGCAAGACUACUGUGUGUCGACAAUGUGCUCUCGAGUCUUGAGGACUUCAAACCCGAAGAAUUUGUAAUGAAGUCGCCUAUAAAAGUAACACAUUUGAUUUUUGAUGUCGAUGGAACUCUUCUAGAUACCGAAAUUUGUUAUACUUCCGUAAACCAGGCAAUGCUGAAAAAGUACGAUCGAGAGUUCACUCCAUACAUGCAAGCACUUUCGCCCGAGGAAUUCACGGCUGAAAAGGAUGCCAUGCUUGCUAAGAUGUUUCCCGAAUGCCGUGCAUUCCCAGGUGCUGAGCGUCUUAUUCGGCAUUUUGCUAGAAAACAAGUACCAAUGGCAAUAUGCUCAGGGUCUUGCUGGCACAAAUUCGAGCUGAAGGCCACCAAACAUCGCAGUUGGUUGGACCUUAUCCCCAUUAAGGUGUUCUGCGGAGACGACAAAGCUGUCAAGCGUGGAAAACCUUUUCCGGAUGCCUUCAUUGAAACCAUGCGAAGGUAG